ACCCCCUCUCUCUCCCCAUUCCAAAUUGCCAAAAGAACGAGAAACCCUCACCCCAAACACCGAUUCCUUCCGUUCCCUUGAUUUCGAAAUGGCCGGAACCCUAAGCUUCGCUGGAUUGAGCCCGUGCCCCCAUCUCAGCUGCCCCAGGCGCCGCACGGCGUGCGGCGCCGUGGCCAUGGCGGAGGUGUCGACUGCGGUGAGGCGGCCCAAGAGCUUGUACGAGGUGCUGCGGGUGAAGGAGACGGCGUCGGCCGAGGAGAUCAAAGCGGGGUACCGGUCGAUGGCGAAGCGGUUCCACCCGGACGUGGCGCCGGCAGCAGGCGGGCCGGACUUCCUGGAGAUCCACCGGGCUUACGAGACGCUUUCCGACCCGACGGCGAGGGCGCGAUACGACCUUUCCAUCGGGUUGUUAGGAUUCCCGGCCGCGGCGCCGCUGCGAUGUCGAAGAUGGGAGACGGACCAGUGCUGGUAGGCGAUCAACCACCAACCGGUGACGGUUCGAUUGGCAGGAGGGAGGUCUCCGGAUAUAAAUGCGGACCGGCCUUGCAACGUGCGGCAUCUGAAUGGCUCAUCAACAUCCCGAUCCCCUCUUGGUUGGAGAUUAAAGAUGGCUUCUACUGGCAAAGAAAGAAAGAAAUCAAUCGAGAUGGGGAACCUGCAAAAAAAAAAAAAAAAAAGGGUGUAAAUAUAUAGGUUUUUUUGGUGAACGUGAAAAUGUAAAGGUUGGAGGGCGUUUAUGCCCCACGCUUCUCAACUGUAGAAAAUUUUGGAACUUCUGGAAUCCGACAACUGAGAUUUGAGAACUGCCAGAAAUUGUGGGAAAAGAAAAGCCCUCUGUCGAUAUAUCACCAAGACCGGGGAACUGCUAGAAAUGGAAAGUUCGUUUCGAUG